GGCGAGUGAAAGGGCCUCUCAGAUGGAUGAGACGAGUAGUUCAAUAUGAACGGCUCGGCUUGUAUUGGAUUGGAACUAGUGUUCUAUGGUCUGAGUUAUAGAUGGGUUACACUUGUCUAGCUUAGGAUUAGAACGCAGGGUAUAAUCAAGAUUCGUCUUGUGACCCGACAAGUCUUGGAGCGCGCUUUCGUAGCGUUGCAAGCAAUGAUAAAGGUCGUGGAUUCAUUGCCAAUGGCUAUUGUAUUCGCAACUGUUGACUUGGAGAUCCGCCGUGGCGAGGUGCACAACCCGUUGCGUGUAGUCUUCUUGUUGGUGUCCUAUGGCAGUUCCUUGAACUGUUGGACGGAUGUCGGAAUGUCCCAGUGGGUUCGGCGGAUGGGCAAUCAGUAA